UAAUGGAGUAUCUUAAGGCUUCUAAGAAGACUGACAAUUCCUUUCAACAGGAAGAAACUGAAGAUAUUGAAUUUGUUAGUGAAGGCGUAUUGAGACCUGUCCUGGAAUGCAUCGAUCUUAGUAAUGAAGAGGAAUUUGAUACCUUUUCUGAAGUGAGUAAAAAUGUAAAACACAAAGACCAUAUUGAUUAUCAGAAAGCAAAAGUUGCUUCGACCCUUGAUCGCCUGGCACGCCAUGUAGAAGUAGAGAAACAGCGGAAGGCAGAGAAAAACAAAGCUUUCAAGGACAAAGUGAAUUCACAACAAGCUCAUGGACUGCAAGAACUGGAAUUUAUCCGGGGUCAUAGUGACACAGAAGCAGCAAGAUUGUGUGUGAAUCAGUGGCUAAAAAUGCCAGGUCCCAAGCCAGGCACUGUAAACUCAGGAAGGAGAACAUUAUCUCAAAAAUCAUAUCAGAUCCCAUCAAACAGCAAAUCCAUUCUAUGUCCCAUAAUGCACUGCAAUAAAAAGUUUGACAAUGGGCCUUUACUGCUAGGUCAUCUUAAAAGGUUUGAUCAUUCUCCAUGUGAUCCCACAAUUACUCUACAUGGACCUCCAGCUAAUAUGUUUGCCUGCAUAGUCUGUGGCAACAGAUUUGCAAGUAAUCAGCAAUAUAAUGGACACCUUUUGUCUAAGGCUGGUGAAAAUGAUGGCCAUGAGAGAAAUUACCCUCCUCAGCUUAUUCAGUGCUUUGCGUGUCCUUGCUGUUUCCUCUUCUUUAAUAUAAGAGAUGAAUGUCUGCAGCAUAUGUCUGGAAAAAAUCAUUUUUCUCACGCCUUUAAAUUGAGUGAUAAAUCAGGGAGCCCACUUCCAUUGCCUUUGCCAGCCUACGCAAAGAAUCUCCUAAUCUCCUUAUGCAAAGAAGUUCCCUUCCAAGUGCAAUGCAUAUCCUGUCAUCAGGUUUUGCAAUCCCACAUAGAGCUCACAGCACACUUCAGAAUCCAAUGUCGUAAUGCUGGUCCUGUAGCUGUAUCGACGAAGUGCAUCUCCGAAAUUGCAGAAAUACUGAAAGCCAAAAGUUUCUGUCAAGGUUGUGACACGUUGUUUGUCAAUGAUGACCAAAUUACUCACCAUAGUUGCAGAAAUGUUGCUAAGAUUAAACUUAUCGCCACAAUGGAAGAAUCCAUAUUAUUAAUCUGUCACAUCAAUGAACGGAAUAAAAGUGUCCCUCACCUGCAAAAUAAUUCAAUCCUUUUGAAAUCUCUGAAGAGACAUUUGGAAUUGAAUGGCGAUAAGAAUGAAACUGUUUCAAAAUGGAAAAAGGAUUUGCGAGACAAUAGUGAAGCAGUUCACACAGCUUCUACUGUCAAAACCUGGGUAUGCCAGUGUGAUCUGGCAUUUGUUUCUGAAGAGUUGGCAGAAAAACACAUUUUUGCUGAAAACAGAAUCUGCUACAAGUGCGGCGUAUGUGGGAAACUUGCAGAAAAUGCGAGCAUUAUCCGCUUGCACAUGAGCCGUUUCCACGGAGGAGCACAUUUGACUAACUUCAUCUUCUCAUGCCAAAUUUGCAAAAUAGCCCUUCAGAAAGAAGAAGAUGUCCUUAUCCAUGUAACAGGACUUCAUGAUGGACAUAAUUUCUAUUUCGAGAAGGACAUUGCUGUAGAUGAACUAACAAUACCUUCUGAUUCACAGUAUGACCCUUCGAUUAAACAAGAAGGCCAAACUUCAAGCCUUAUUGAACUUUCUCCAGAGCAGACUCAGAUGGAGGUGGAUGAGAGCCCUUCCCAAUGGCAAUGUAAGAUAUGUGAGGAAAUAUUUAACUCAGAGGACAGUGCGAAACAACAUUGCAAAUCACUAGAGAGUCAUCAUUUUCACAGGUACAGCUGUGGCUUGUGCAAAAUGACUUUUCGGAAAAUGGAAACACUGCAGCGACACUGCCAGGGUAGACAUAACAAUGUUGUACAGGUUAAAUAUUUCUGUGGAUUUUGUGGUGACCUCUUCUUUGAUGUUGAGGAGGAAUUUUUACUUCACUUCAGGGGCGUACAUAGCAUGGAUUACGUGUGUGUGUCCGAGACAGCAGAAACCUCAAUCAAAAAUGAUGAAAUAGCAGAAGAAGGUACCCUUCUAAACUGUGGUUGUCGUGAGAAAUAUGUUUGCAAAAAAAACAGGAAGGUCGACCACAAGAAAUGUCAAGAAGCCAUGUUGGAAAAAGGCAACAUUUGGUUUCGUUGCACUUCAUGCUCUUCUACAGCACAAACCUAUUCUGACAUGAUGGUUCAUAUCACAAGCCACCCAAGCAAAGAAAGUACUCAAGAUUUCUACAUAGUCAGGUGUGGUUCAUGUAACAAACAUUUUAGUAAUCUUACUAUUGCUCAUCAGCACUUCCAUGAUAAGCACUGCUUUUUACAAAAGCCUCAACUAUCUUUUGGGUCACAAGCAGAAAAUAAUGUCUUCCAUUUCUCUGCUGUGAGGUCCUGUUCAGAGAAGGAUGUAGCUCCAACACAUUCUUCAGAUGUAAAAAGGCUGAAACUGGAAGAUGCAAAGAAAGCUAGGAAGUUUUCUGAAAUGAUUGAACAAGAUGAAGGCAAUCUUCCUGACCUUGAUUACUUAUGUACCAUGUCUCACAUUGUAAUGAUGGAUUUAGAUAAUUGGGGAAGUCUUUUUGAUCAACUGCCUGCAACCCUCAACCAAGGAACUUUUAUUUGGGGCUUUCAGGGUGGAUGUGGCCAUUGGAAACCCCCUGUGAAUUGCAAGACCUUUAAUUAUCUUAACAAGAUUGGGUGUUUCUUUCUUCAUCCACGCUGUGGUAAAAGGAGAGAGGCUGCUGAUUUUGCAAUCUGUGUACAUGUGGGCCGCCUGGAUGAACAUCUGCCAAAACAUAUUCCUUUCACCAUUCUUUCUGGAGACAAAAGCUUUCUAGAAUUGGAGGAUCAACUUAAGAUGACUCAGCGGGUAACUCGCAUUCUAGAUCCUCAUAAGAUUGAUGCUGACAUGAUGUAUUCCUUAUUAAACAGCAUUUCGGAUGCUGUCAAAGAAAAUGAAGAGAUUGAUAUUCAAAUGGCAAUGGCACAGAUUUUGCAAGUAACGAGAGCCCAAAAUGAUACAAAUGAUGCUGAUGAUGAAUUUCAAGAGGCAAUUAGGCGAAGUCUUGAGGAAAAGUGAAGAUGUCUAAAGAUGGGUGUACCAAAACAUCUACCUGACUUCAAAGAAAUUGAAAUUUGUUCACCGUUUUAUAAAAAUAUUAAAAAUGUACUGGUUAUUAUUUCAAUGUUUCAAUGACAUUGUAAAAACUGAACUCUAUCAUCAAGCACUAGCAGAGUUCAGAACCUGUUGUAAAAUUUAACUAAUGGGAUUUCAGUCAUCCUUUCUCAUGACUUAAGCAGUAAACAGUUUUAAAAUGUGAUAUGGCCAAGCUUACUUUAAAAAUACAAGAACAUGGCAAAUCUGCUGAGUCAUAAGAUCUAUUAAGUUUAUUUUUUUUCUAAUGUCUGACCUGAAAACUGAAUGUUAUGAUUUAUGCUGCUUUUUUUUCAAACUGUUCUUUUCUGGAUUUUAAUAUUUUACUUCUACUGUUCUGUUGACUUUAUUUUGUAGUAGAUACAGGUAUUAAUCCAGAAUGUCUAGAGUGCCUUUUCUUGCUUCAUCAGUUUCUGAGGUGAAAUUUAGACACUAUCCUGAAGAUUACAGUCUAUAGACAAACUUGCAAGAAUCUGUUACAAUUCUCUUAAACUUGAGGUCCAAGAACUAGUUACUUUCUGUUAGCUGUCUCUUCAUUCUGAUUUACAUGUUUUAAUGUAGAGAAUGAAUACAAUGCCAAAUAGACUGAGUGUAUUUGUAUAUUUUGCUUCCUGUCAUUAAUACUAUAUCAAAGUAUUUUCCUGUUUGUUUUUGACAAUAUUUAAAUGUAACUUCAGGAAGCUGAAGUCUUUCUUUGAUUUUAACUUAUUUGCAUUUCUCAGAGCAUAAUUAUAUACUUCAGCUUAAUUAAAAUAUCAGCUAUUGUUGUGUUGCUUCUCAUAUCAGUCAAGCGCUAUUUGAAAGUUUUCAUUUUCAUUUUUUCUAGGUCCAUAAAUUCCAUUUGACUUAGUUUGUCUAAAUAAAAAUGUUUACAGAGAAGUAGAAUGCAGAAGAUGAUGCUAAUUUUAUACUUAUGUUUGUACUGCAGGCUUACUGAAAAAUUGGUUUGGAAUGAAAACUGUGUGACAGCAAAAUAGCCUUUCUAUAAUGGACAUAACACUGCAAGUAUAUUAACUAGAUUAAUAUAUUAAGACUUAGUGGCUUGGAGGACAGAUUGUAAUGGUUUGCUCUAAUAAAACAUUCUAUACAAAUAUACGUGCUGUUCUCCUAAGCCUUUUAUGUCCUUGUUGAAACCCUCUGCCUCUACUAAAAUAAGAUUCUAGUCAGAAACCAUUUAAUAUUUUAGCAGGAGCCUAAGAACUUUUUGUGAUACCUGCCUUGCUCCAUUCUCCCUAAUAUUAAGAGAAGAAAGGGGAAGCCUUUGCUGCAGAUAUCUGGCCAGUGGCAUAAACUCAAUAAUAGUAAUGCAUGGUUACCAUACAAUGGUUAGUUCAGGAAAUAAUGCAAGAAAAUUCAUACUAACUCUUAUAAAAACAACCUAAUCUAUGCCUGUCAUUUAGGAAUGGUCUCAAACACUCAAAUGAGUGUUUUCUAGACUGUAUAAAUACUACAUUUCAUUGGGAUCAAGUAUUUCAGCUACAGAAUUGCUGCCUGCUUGUAUAUUAAGUUCUCUGACUCAGUGUUACAAGAAAUAUGUGUUUUCUUUCUCAUAUGCAAAUGCACAGAUAGGUUUAUGGACAAAGCCAUGUUUAAAUAGAAGAUUCCAAACUCCUGUUUGCUAUAAUCAUUUCUUCAUGUAAUCUAGCACUUUCUGUAAAUAGAGUAUAUCCCUUUUUCUUUCUCAUGUUAUAUAUUUUUCAAAUAAUUUUCUUUCAAGUCAUUCUUUCUAAAUUUUUUCUUCAGCUUGCUAGGUUUGUGUCAGCAACUAUAUACAUACUACAUACUCUCUUGAUCUAUUAAUCUUUUUGCUGUAAAUAUAGUUGGUUUUGUUUUUAGCCGCAAGAAUAUCAUUGAAAAGAAUAUCUUAGAAAUCUUGUUAAAACUGUCCCAGGAAUAAAUCCUGUAAGAUGACUUUGUCCCAAGUAUAUUUUAUUAACCUCUGAAUAUAAAACCACAUUUACAACAUUGCAGAUGUGAUUAACACAAAUGCUACAUUUAAAAAAAUUAUCUCAAUAUGCUACUUUUCUGCCUCUGAAACACAUGAUUCUUGGGAAGAACUGAAGAUGUGCAAAUUAUUUCAUGAAAUCCUAAAUAUCACUCAGGAAAACCUCUGUAUUUGUAUAUUAUUUUAAGCAAACAUUGAUUGGGUAUCUGGCCUCAUGCUAGGAUGAAGUGAAUAUUACAAUGGAACUAUAUAAAUGGGUGGAUUUCAAUCAGAAAGGGAUGCUGCUACUGUCCAACAAAGAUGGUCCAGGAAAAGGAAGACCUUUAAGUCCCCAAAAGUACAGGAACUGCUCUUUUUCUGUGGAUAUUAUCUCAAGAUGUUAUAAAUGCUGUAAAAUAAAAAGUGGAAUAAAAAAGUACUUGGUCCGACACUGCAUUGGUAUUCUAAAGUUUGUUACUACUAUCAAAGAA